ACAAAAAGGGAUGACCACGAUGAGCACGAUGCGGAAGACGCCGGAUAUUAGCGAGGUUCUGGCUAAAAUACAGAAACCAGUGGAAGUUUUAGCUAAAACAGAUGCUGUAACAGAAACCCAGCCUGCUAGUGGAAAGCUAAAGGCAGAGAAACCAAAAAAAGAUGUCGCUGCCGCCACCGAGACCGUGCGCGGUCGGCCGAAAUCGGGAAGAAUUUGGAAAACACAGAAAGAGAGGUUUGCGGUGGUGAAGAAAACGAUUCGUCGUAAGACCACGGACGAACGGCUUGCGUACAGGGCGGAGAUGAAGCAGAUCAAGGAGCUGUCGCAGUCGCUAAAGGACGAAAGGAAGCGGCAAAACGAAGAGAAGCGGUUGCGGCGCGAAGAGAACAAACGCCGCCGACUGGAGAACGAACGGAAGGCCGAAAUAGUGCAGAUCAUCAACAACCCGGCAAAACUGAAGCGUAUGCGAAAGAAACAGCUGCGAAUGAUUGAGAAACGCGACUUGGCCAAUGUUAAGGUAGUUUAAAUAAAGAAACACAUUUAUUCACAA